AUGGGUUCCGGCGAUGGCUCGGGCAGCAUGGGUUCCGGCGAUGGCUCGGGCAGCAUGGGUUCCGGCGAUGCCGCGGGCUCCGGCAGCAUGGGUUCCGGCGAUGGCUCGGGCAGCAUGGGUUCCGGCGAUGGCUCGGGCAGCAUGGGUUCCGGCGAUGGCUCGGGCUCCGGCAGCAUGGGUUCCGGCAGCAUGGGUUCCGGCAGCAUGGGCUCGGGCAGCAUGGUCACGGGCAUGAUGGGCUCGGGCAGCAUGUCUGGCGGCGGGUCGGACGGCGACGGCGGCGCGGAAGGCGGCUCGGAAGACGGCGGUCCUUCCGGCGACUCCAUGAUGGUCAUGAUGAUGAUGUCCAUGAGUGGGUCCGGCGAGAUGGCAGCGGGCAGCGGGGAACCCGGUGCCCCGCUGCAGGGCGAGGAGAAGGCCAAGUUGCAGGAACUCCUGGCCUUCCUGGCCUUUGGCAUCUCAAGCGAGCUCACCAAGGCCAUGGCGGACUUUGGCAGCGGCGACACGCCGAUCGAAGCCGAGCUGACUCCCGGCAUGAUGGGCUCGCCGCCGAAAAUAUCCCCAAUCGACCCCCGCGGCAGCAUCAUCAUGGGUUUCGACAUGGACUACCCCCAGGGCGCGGAGAAGGUGCCUUAUGCCAUGUGGUUGAUGGUCAAUGUCAAGUCCGAGUCCGACCUGGGCAACUCCCAGUUGGUGGUGCUGCCCUGGAAGUUUGAUGAAGAGUCCAUGCUGCCCAAGGGUAGCGGAGGGGCCAGAUUCAUGGCCCUGGUGGUCAGCCAAGAAGGCGGCGAGUUUGACGUGGACGACAUCAAGACAAAGGCGACAGAGGACAAACGCGAGGGAUUCACUGGCAAAGAACUCUCGGGCCUGUUGUACUUUGACGACGUGUCCCAUUUGUACCGGGGUGCCAAGCCCGGGGUCGUCAUUUACGCCACCUACUGGAAUGUGUGCCCCGAGGGCGAGACCGGGUGCCAGCCGGGCAAAGAUGGCGCCGGCAUGACCGACCUCACCAUGGAAAUCGACAUGGGCGAAGGCAACACCGGUGACGACAUGGUGAUGGUGAGUGUUACCAAUGUCAUCCACGGCACCACGAUGGAAAUCAUGGACAUCCCCUUGGCGACGGACGCCCCUACCCUCAACAUGGGAUUCACCAUGAGUGACGACGACGACGACGACGACGACGACGAAGAAGAGUCCACGACAGCCAAGAAGAAAUGCAUGAUUAAGAAUUGCUGCUCCCCGAAACCCUGUUCGGAAAAACCCAACUUGACUGGUGGUGGUGGUGGUGAGAUGACGACAGACACUGGGGGGCCAGAAAUCUGUGCCCAGGAAUUUCUGGUCCACGGGACGCCGUGGGGACGUGACGAAGGGACGCCAGCAGGUGGCGCCAGUCACCCCCCAUGGCGGCCGCCAAGUCAGCCAGCCAGCCAGUCAGUCAGUGAGGCCAGUGUUGCCAAAGUCCGUAUUUCCUCUUCAAAGCAGAGAUGCCCUGGGUGUAGCCAGAUGUUUGGCAACCCUGGUGAGCAUGAACUGCUUGUUGGGGACCUGGAUUAUGAGCUUGUGAGGCCACCUGGGGCAUCUGCUGGGGUCUCACGCACAGGUCCACCAGAAAGCAGACAGAAAAAGAAAGGGGAGGGAGUGAACUCUCGGAUGUAUGAGAGGUACGUGACUGGUCGCCAGACAGAGGCACUUGCUCCAGGUGCUGGGUUGCCAACCGAGAGGAGGAAGAAGAAGAAGAAGAAGAAGAAAGAAGGAGAAGGAGGAGCAGCUGCAAGCAGCACUGCAGCUCAUCUGAUGGUGUUGUCUCAGGACUUUUAA